AUGUUUUAUGCGUUUAUCAAAUCAUUAGAAACGUUAGUAAUGUGGCAAUUUAUUCAAAAACUUUUAAGUGGAACAAAAGAAAUCAACGAAAAAAGAAAUGAAAAAAUAGAAGAGAUUUGGUUGAAUGGAAGUGGAAAACAGCUAACAAAAAUAUUUGAAUUUGGUUUAUUGUGUUGUUUACAAAUUUGUAGUUUCACUGAAAAGAUUCGUCAAAUGUUAUCAACACAAAGAUGCUUCUUGAAGUUCUUCUUCUCAUUCGUCAGCUCUUUAUUUACUCUCUCUCCAGCUGCUUUAAUUAAGGGCUUUCAAGAAAUGAAAGGUCUCCAUGACCAAUUAAAUGCUGUGAGAUGA